GGACAGGACAUCGGCUACCAUUUGUUGUCAAAAGGUGAAAAGCGGACUGGCAUCGCGUCACAGCGUUCUCGUAUUGUAAAAUUUUCUCAAAAACAAACGUCUUACUGGGUGCAGUGGCACACAAAAAAAUCAAAAUAGCAAUAAUUAGUUAUGAAGACUAGUUUAACCGAAAAUUGGAUUGUUUGCCGGGUUUGUCUGAGGCAGCCCGAAGAGACGAUGACGACAAUAUUCGAUAAGGAUGAUGAAAAAGAUAUGACGCAAAUGAUUUUGGAGUGUGGCGGGGUACCAAUAAAACGUUUCGACCACUAUCCGGAUAAAAUAUGUACCAAAUGUCUGAAGUACUUACAAGUGGCGUACAAAUUUCGCGUUAUUUGCCAACGCUCACACAGACAUCUUAGUAGAUUUAUAGCGCCAGUUGUGGUGGAUACCCACAUACAGGAGGAAGUUACAGACUAUUUUCCAAUUGAAGUAGAUGAAGUAGAGGAGAUAGCUUUAAAAGUAGAACCAGAUGCUGCUCAAAUCAAACAAGAAUACUCGGAUCCAGAGGAGGCAGAGGUCUUGGACAUUUAUGUGCCAAUUGACGAGGAAGAGGAGGUGUUUGAGGAAUUCGAUACAAUUGAUCGUUCAGCUUCGGCUAUGUCGGAUGGAGUAGAGUACCUAGAAGAAAUUAAUGAAUUCCAAUAUGAUGAUGAUGAUGAGGAUUAUGUACAAAUUAAAGAAGAAACACCGAAGCGCGGUAGAGGACGACCACCUAAGAAUUUAAGUAGACCGGAAGCAUCGACAUCAAAACAAGCGGCAGCUCGGCAACCAGUAAUCAAGAAAGAAAAAUGUUCACCAGCCAAACGUGGCCCAAAACCAAAAAAAAUUAAACCCACAACCUACAUCUGCGAUAUAUGUGGAAAUAUCUAUCCAUCGCAGGGGCGUUUGACCGAGCACAUAAAAUUGCAUAAGGGUAUAAAACCACAUGAGUGCGAAAUUUGUGGACAUUGCUUCGCACAGACACAGCAAUUGACGCGUCACAUGAAUACACACACCGGAAAUCGGCCAUAUAAAUGCAGCUAUUGUCCAGCAGCUUUUGCCGAUCUUUCCACUCGCAAUAAACAUCAUCGCAUUCACACAAAUGAGCGGCCGUACGUGUGCGAUGUUUGCGGCAAGUCCUUUACGUAUACAAACACCUUAAAAUUCCAUAAGAUGAUUCACACAGGCGAGAAGCCACAUGUUUGUGAUAUUUGCGGCAAAGGAUUCCAGCAGGCUUACAAGUUGCGUAAUCACAAAAUGACCCACGAACGUAAAGGUGUUGGAAUCAAAAUGGAACCGAUCGAAGUGGAAGCGUUGGAAAGUUAUCAGGAAGUAAAUCCAACAGCAACACAGGUUAUAGAAAUUUAAUUGUUUCCCUAAGGUGGAGAAUGUGACUUAUUGCCAAACAUUUUCACCGCAUUUCCCAUUUGUGCAGUAAGUCACUUGAACGGGAAAAAAGGGAAAUGUUAAUCAAUUGCACCUAAAUAAAUUUUAAUUAAUUUAAUUUAUUAUACUUGCUUGUUAUAAAAUGACAUUCACUGAAAGAAAUUACGUUUUAGACCUCCAAUAAGGUAAUGUACAUUUCGAGCUGAAAUUACUUGAUUAAAGCUCAGAGUUUUCAAAUUAUAAAAUAAAUACAAAAAUAACUUAUGGUACCUAUUA